GGAGGAAAAAACAAAAGUGGAAAAAUGGCCUGGUCCUUAAGGGGUUAAAAGGCAAGAAGAUAAAAAAUGAAAACAUGUAAACAGUCUGUGUCCUUUAGGGGUUAAAAAAGUAAUAAGAAGACACAGUGAGGAAUAAAUGACUCCUCUGUGAAGUCACACACACCAGUAUAAUACAUGUAUAAUACAAUACACAGAGAAUGAAUGUUAUAAAAUUGUCGAGUGAAUUCCCAUUGUCCCCCCGGGAUAAAUCCGGUGUCUCCCUGCCGCAGCACCGUGUGAAUAGGGUCAUAGGAAGCGGUAUUACAGUCCGGUGUAUAACCCUUUCCAGUCAUGAAAAGUCCCUGUGCAUUUUCUGGAUGAAUAACACAGGACAUGCUGCCGUGAAGUGAACACCGGCCCUCUCCCGCCCACACGCUCGGCUGUGAUUUCCCUGACAGGGCGGAGAGGCUUCAUCUCACACGGCAGGACCGGGGGCACUGAGCAGCCGCACCGUACAGAGACCGUCGUUGUCCUCGGCCAGGACCGUUCCCCCAGCUCCGGGCACCUCCUCAUGUGUGCCGCCAGGCCAGUCAUGCAAUGUGUUUAUUCAAUGAAAAUGUCUUUGGGAAAUAAUUUGGUGUCUUGUGACUUUAUGUAAAGAGAGUCACCAAAAGCUAUUUAUAGGAGGACCAAGAUAACACCAUUGUAUGUGGCCAACGGCAUGACAUUUCUACUGGAGUGUGGAAAAGGAGCGAAACCAUUGCAGGAGAAAAGAAAAUAGCAACGCCUGAAGCACUGACUUCUUGUUCACAACAGUGAACAAACAUGGCCGCAGGUGUUGACGACAAUCAAAAGCAACCAGAAAAACUACUGAACUUCCGUCACAGAAAAGAGACUAUUAGUCAGCAGGUAUUGAAGCAUGGAAUGGUGUGUGGCAAGUCACUACAGUAGCCUGACGGGAUAUCAUCCAGGCACAGCAAUUCCUGCCUACAACCCUCGAUAAGCUGCACAUGUUUUUAGGAGGAGGGAGCUGCCUCUCUUACCUUGCCCCAGCUGUAGACUUCUCACGGCGGAUGCAGGCUUACAAUGUGAAUCAGACAGACUCGCCACAGCAGCCUGGGGAGACAAGAAACUUUGGUCUGUCUUUUGUGCUGUGAAAUCUGGGAAUUAAAGGGAAAGUGAGGAAGGCAGACUGGACAAAAAUGCCAUCCAAAGGAAAGUAUCUAAUCAAGGACAAUGAGGACUGGAUGAUAACACAUUCACUUUACGAAAAGUACCAGUGCAUAAGCCAGCACUAUCCGCUGCUGCUUAUUUUACUGUUUGUGGUGGGGACAGCCUGCGUGACUCUGAUUGUCAUCUUCUUCACAACCAACGCUGAUCCCUCUAGGCAUCUUGCCUUCAUAAUUGCAGUAUUUGUGGCCCUGGUUACAUUCUGCACUCUCUACAUUCUGGUAUACACAGAAUCAUUUGUGAGAAAGUGGCUGCAAGUCUUCUCCUUGGUGAUCUACACUUGCCUUCUAACUAUCGGAUAUGUAUUAAUUUAUGAUCCAAGCAAUGUCAGAACAUGGGACCAGGUGCCUUUCUUCCUGUUUAUAACAUUUUCUGUGUACACCAUGCUGCCUUUGGGGAUGCGAGCCUGCCUGAUUAUCAGUAUCAUCUCCGGAAUGUCCCACAUCGUUGUCAUUAGUAUCACAGUUGUGAUGUACUCAAACACCCAUGACACCAUAGCAUUUGAGCUUAUUGCAAAUGCCAUUAUAUUUCUCUGUGGGAAUCUUAUGGGAGCAUUUCACAAAUACCAUAUGCAGGAUGCCUCUAGGGACCUGUACAGCUACACAGUAAAAUGCAUUCGGGUAAAAAUGAAACUGGAAAUGCAAAAGAGGCAACAGGAGAGCCUUCUGUUGUCCGUACUGCCUGUCUAUAUUUCAAUGGAGAUGAAGUUGGCUAUUCAGGACAGACUAAAGGAAACAAAUGACAAUCGCCAACCAGACAAGAACUUCCAUAGCUUAUAUGUAAAGCGGCACCAAAAUGUCAGUAUUCUGUACGCAGAUAUUGUAGGCUUUACUCGACUUGCCAGUGACUGUUCACCGAAGGAACUAGUCGUCAUGCUGAAUGAGCUGUUUGGAAAGUUUGACCAGAUAGCUAAGGAAAACGAAUGCAUGAGGAUUAAGAUUUUAGGAGAUUGUUAUUACUGCGUCUCUGGACUACCAGUGUCUUUACCCAACAAUGCAAAGAACUGUGUUAAAAUGGGGCUGGAUAUGUGUGAAGCAAUAAAACAGGUGAGAGAAGCCACGGGAGCAGACAUCAACAUGCGGGUGGGAGUACAUUCUGGCAAUGUUCUCUGUGGGGUGAUUGGACUGCGAAAGUGGCAGUUUGAUGUUUGGUCACAUGAUGUCUCAUUAGCUAAUCGCAUGGAAUCUGCAGGAGUACCAGGUCGAGUUCACAUCACGGAAGCAACAUUGAAGCACUUGAAUGGGGCCUACAGUGUGGAAGAUGGGCAUGGAGAACUCAGAGACCCAUACCUGAAAGAAAUGAACAUUAAAACCUAUCUUAUUGUUGAUCCAAGAGAACGCCCAAUCAAGAACCAUCACCUUUCUAGGGCCAGAGUAAAUGAUGGCCUAAAAGUUCGACCGUCAGUCAGAAUGACAAGAUAUCUGGAAUCAUGGGGAGCAGCCAGACCCUUCUCUCAUCUUGACACAAGUGAGCCCUCAAUUAUGGCGACAGCAGUUACAAAUGGAAAACCAAAACGGGAAAUAGCUCUGCAAAAUAUGGGGCGCCAGGCUAAUACAGAAAGGACUGUAUCACAAAAACGGAACCAGGAAGAAGAACUUCAUGACAGAAUGCUGAACACAAUUGAUGGGCUCAGCUCUGUUAAACCCUGGUUUGGGAAAUCGGAUGACUUUUAUGCAUUCCUACUUUUUUUCACUGCUGAUGGUCUGGAAAAAGAGUAUCGCACACUUCGAAUUCCAAAGAUCAGAAAUUACUUCAUGUGUGCCGCUGUUGUGUUCUUCUGCAUAUUCUUGGUUCAAGUUUUGGUUAUGCCGAGGAGUGUAAAUCUGGGUGUUUCCUUUUCUGUGGUGUUUUUAUUAAUCCUGUGCAUACUACUCAUCUGUUAUGCUGAUAAGGGUGUGCGUUUUUGUGCAGAGAGCUCCCCUAUGUCACAUGUCCUGUGUUCAAUAGCUGAAACUGUGGAAACUAAACCACUAGUGCGAGUUCUUUUAGCUGCACUGACCAUUGGAGCACUGCUGGUCAUUGCCAUCCUCAAUCUGCCCCUAGAUGAGUCUUUAAAGAAAUGCAAUGGAUCGACCCCAGAAACAGAAGCUUGCCACAGUAUCCCUUAUUAUAUAUACUGCUGCAUAUUGGGGUUCAUCGCAUGUUCUGUAUUUCUGCGGAUGUGCUUUGAGCUAAAGAUGCUUCUGUUAUCCGUCGCCUUCAUCGUGUACAAUGUGAUCAUCUUCCAUACACACAAAGAGUUGUUCAAGGGCGCAUUCCCAACUAACAGUACAUCAGGGAUUCUGAAAGACUUACAGAGGAUGUCCUGCUUUUACCUUGCUUUAUUCUACUUUACACUAGUCUUGCUGUCAAGGCAGGUUGAAUAUUACUCCAGGCUAGAUUGCUUGUGGAAGAAGAAAUUCAGGAAGGAGGAUGAGGAGAUUGAAACGAUGGAGAAUCUGAAUCGGCUUCUUCUAGAAAAUGUACUCCCAGCACAUGUUGCUGCAUAUUUUAUUGUUGACAACAAAAUGAAUGAGGACCUGUACCACCAGUCAUAUGACUGCGUCUGUGUGAUGUUCGCCUCAGUGCCAGAGUUUAAGGUCUUCUAUACAGAGUGUGAUGUCAAUAAGGAAGGACUGGAGUGUCUGCGUCUUUUAAAUGAGAUUAUAGCUGAUUUUGAUGAGCUUUUAAUGAAACCAAAAUUCAGUGGUGUGGAGAAAAUUAAGACAAUUGGAAGUACUUACAUGGCAGCAACAGGUCUAACUGUAACCCCUGGCCAAGAAAAUAAUCAGGAUCGGGAGAAACAGAAUGCUCAAAUAGGAAUUACUGUUGAAUAUGCCAUGGCGCUUAUGCAAAAGCUGGAUGGAAUCAAUAGACAUUCCUUCAACAACUUUAGCCUGCGUGUAGGGAUAAACCAUGGACCUGUCAUUGCUGGAGUAAUUGGAGCUAGAAAACCACAAUAUGACAUUUGGGGGAAUACUGUCAAUGUGGCAAGCAGGAUGGAGACCACAGGUGAACUUGGAAAAAUCCAGGUGACAGAAGAAACAUGCCGUAUUUUGGAAGGACUGGGAUAUUCUUGUGAGUGUCGAGGACUGAUCAACGUUAAGGGGAAGGGAGAACUCCGCACGUACUUUGUUUGUACAGACAUGGCCAAAUCCCAAAGCAUUGGCAUAAACUGACUUCAAGCCUGAUUAUUUCCUUACAGAUUUAAAAAGGAUGGAGAAACAUUUUACAUGCUGCCUAGUUUUCUAUGAAGACUUUGCUAAGUAAAGAGUUGCUCUUUACUGAACUGUUAACAGUUCUGAGAUCCUGCUUCAGGAAAGAUCAGGAAAAUUCUACAUGACAAUUCAGUAUUUCCUACCCAUAUGUGGAUGUUGGGUAUGCCAGGUGAAAUGGUAGUUCAGACCUCAAGUAUGUUACUUUGUGGAACCUUGUAUUUUACAAAUUCUUUCCUAUGUUAUUCUUACAGACUGUAAUUCUUAUUUUUGGAAAUAGGAAGCACAAAAAGUAAUGACAUAAGGGUUUAAACAGCUGCAUUACAUAUCAGUGUGCCUAGCUUGCCAAAUGUGAACCUUCUUUACCGAGACAGCAACAAGAAAACAAAGUAGUAACCCUACAUCAUUUUCAGGCACUCUAGAAGCAGAUGACUAGAUUUCGUUGUCAGGUAAUGAAAACAUGGCGUCAGGGGGUUGUAAGCAGAGGUCGACAUGCCCCCCUCCAGGAGAGCCAGGGCGCAGGCCAGGAGAUCGCAGGGGGUCCCAUCAGACGGCUCCACCCAUUCAAUCCCCCACACUUAAUUUCUCGCACUGCAGUGUAUCUUCAAAGCUCUACAGGAGUAGAAGUCCAUUGUUUUUUAACCUAUUAAGUUGUAAUAUGCUAAUUCCCAGGUUUAGGAUUGGCUGUAGGGCAAAGGAACAAAGCUGAGAGGAAGUUUGCACGAGGAAUUUUUUUUUUUUUUUAAUAUAAUAUAAACUUCACUGAUUUUAGCAUCUGCUAUAGGCACUAGAUUCUAUUGACUUCAGUUCCAGUUUUAUACAGUUAGGCCUUAUGCACACUGCCCUACUAUAGACCUAUAAUACAGUGUCCAUCACUUGCUAUGGGUCUGUACGGUACCUCUGUGCGCUCUGACGUUAUACAAAGACGACCAAGAAAAGUGAAAAACAAAAUUAAAUUUUCACCAAAUUAAAAGGCACCAGAGACCAUUGCAGCCAGAUGGAACAAGGCAGUAAUGUUCACCAUCAGCCCUAGCUACAAAAAUAUAUAUAUGUUGACAAUUUAUUAAGUUGUUUUAAAAGCUUUAGUUGUAUUUUACAUCUUAUUUGACAAUGUUUUUUGUGUAAGAAAAUAGUAUUAAACAUGCAGGCUCAGAGCAUAUGAAAAUAGCUAUAAAAGGGACAUAGAAAUAGAGAUGAGCAAAGUUACAGUGAGUUGAUUCGUCACAAACUUCUCGGUUCAGCAGUUGUUGA